UGUACGCAUUUAGCGCAGCCUUGGCGGUCUGGAGAACUCCCAAUAUGUAUUCUCGCGGCGACAGCACAUAUCGCGUUCUCAAACAGGGUGGUCUCUAGCUAGCUAGCUACAUCAAAAACAAGAGCUUUCAAAAUCAAGUGUCAAGCCUUCCAUGUCUGAACAGAAGUCCCCAGGUUCUGGUUGUGGUGUUCCAGCCCAGAGAAGCUCACAGCAGGGUACAGAUGGUCUCAGUGAAGCUGGAGGACUGUAGUCAACCACUGGAACUCAAUGUGAUAGUCAAAGAGGAGGAGGAGAGAGGAAUCAAGGAGGAGAGAGAAGUAAAAGAGGUUGAUCAGAGAGCAGUCAAAGAGGAGGUGGAGGAGAGGGAAGUCAAAGAGGAAGUAGAGAUGGCAGUCAAAGAAGAGCAUGAGAGAACAGUCAAAGAAGAGCAUGAGAGAACAGUCAAAGAAGAGCAUGAGAGAACAGUCAAAGAAGAGGAGGUAGUAAUAAAUAUCAAAGAAGAGGUGGAGGAAAGAUCAGUGAAAGCAGAAGAGAACAAGGAAGGAGCUGCUCAACAUCUAGGAACUAAAGAAGUAGAUAGUAUCAGUGACCCAGGAGAGAGCUCCAACCCAGGUUCAGACAGUGAGCCCAGUUCCACAGCAUCAGGAAACCAUAAACAACGCAGACGGAGGAACACAAGACAGAAACAUCACUGCAUGGACUGCUUCACUAGUUUCUAUGAUCCAGAGGAGUUGAGAAGGCACACUUGUAGGCCCCGCUCCUGCUCAGAUUGCAGAGACAGUUUUAUUUGUCCGAUUCACCUCAAAUCACACCAACAAAGUCUCAAAAUAAAGAAGAUGUACCCAUGUGGUCAAUGUGGGAAGAGAUUUCAGACACCAAGCAGCUUGAAGAUGCACCAGAUUACUCACACAGGAAAGAGGUCGUACCACUGCUUUCAGUGUAGGAAGACUUUCGGUUGGUCAUUCAAUUUGAAGAGACACCAGAAAAUACACACAGGGGAGAAACCUUUCCACUGCUCCCAGUGUGGAAAGAGCUUCAGUCAGACAGGAGACCUAAAGAAACAUCAGAGAAUACACACAGGAGAGAAGCCUUACCACUGCUCUGAGUGUGGGAAGAGCUUCAGUAUAGAAGCAAAUCUAAAGGAGCACCAGAAAAUACAUACAGGAGAGAAGCCUUUCCACUGCUCCCAAUGUGGUAAAAGCUUCAGUCGGUUAAGAGAACUAAAGAAACAUCAGAGAAUACACACAGGGGAAAAGCCAUACAGCUGUGAUCAGUGUGGGAAGAGUUUCAGUCAAACAGGAGUCCUAAAGAGACACCAGCUAACUCACACAGGAGAAAAACCUUUCAACUGCUCCCAGUGUGGGAAGGAUUUCAGUCAGUCAUCACUUUUGAAGAGACACCAGCUAACGCACACAGGAAAGAAGCCUCACCACUGCUCUCAUUGUGGAAAAAGUUUUAAAUUGGAAGGAAGCCUUCAGAGUCAUCAGAGAAUACACAAUGGAGAGAAGCCCCACCACUGCUUCCAAUGUGAGAAAGCUUUCAGUCAGGCAGUAGACCUAAAGAAACAUCAGAGAAUACACACAAGGGAGAAGUCUUUCCACUGCUCUCAGUGUGGGAAGACUUUCGGUCGGUCAUUAUUUUUGAAGCGACACCAGAGAAGACACACGGGGGAGAAGCCUUUCCACUGCUCCCAAUGUGGGAAGACCUUUAGUGAAAAAGGAAAUCUAAAGCAACACCAGAGAAGACACUCAGGAGAGAAACCGUACAGAUGUGAUCAGUGUGGAAUUUGUUUUAAAUGGAAACAAAGCCUGAAGGAACAUACGGAGGCAAAGCACAGUGCAGUGCCCAACUCUAACCUUAUAAUGGAGUUGCCAAGCUGGGCAUCUACAUAUCUGACUAAUAUUGACUGACUGUUUUUUUUGUUAUUCUGUUAAACCUCUUUUAAAAUAUAUAUUUGAUCUUCUACCACUUUUUAUUUAGACAGCCAAAAACACAGGGGGCGACAGGAAACUGGUAGGGUGGACACGGGAAACUGGUAGGGUGGACACGGGAAACUGGUAGGGUGGAUGACACAGGAAACUGGUAGGGUGGAGGACACAGGAAACUGGUAGGUUGGAGGACACAGGAAACUGGUAGGGUGGACACGGGAAACUGGUAGGGUGGACACGGGAAACUGGUAGAGUGGACACGGGAAACUGGUAGGGUGGAGGACACAGGAAACUGGUAGGGUGGAGGACACAGGAAACUGGUAGGGUGGACACGGGAAACUGGUAGGGUGGAGGACACGGGAAACUGGUAGGGUGGACACGGGAAACUGGUAGGGUGGACACAGGAAACUGGUAGGGUGGACACGGGAAACUGGUAGGGUGGAGGACACGGGAAACUGGUAGGGUGGACACAGGAGACUGGUAGGGUGGAGGACACGGGAAACUGGUAGGGUGGAGGACACGGGAAACUGGUAGGGUAGACACAGGAAACUGGUAGGGUGGAGGACACGGGAAACUGGUAGGGUGGUGGACACGGGAAACUGGUAGGGUGGACACAGGAGACUGGUAGGGUGGACACAGGAAUUGAAAACCGGUGUCCAGUGGGGAGGACGUGCGAUUGGCUGCGAGUGUUAACACUAUACAACAGGUUAUUAUUCUGUGACACUUGGAAGUUCAUUUCUAAUAUUCUCAUAUGGAAAUGUACUAAAGAGUUCCAGCACGUGGAUCAUAUCCUGCAGAAAUCCAUUCCGUUUCUAUCUGCAUAAAGUAAAUUUACUUUCUGAACUAAACUUCCAUUAACAGCAAAGAUACACACUUCUCUGGAAAAUGUUAUGUGCAUAAUGAUGUCAUUUCACCAGACUGCACACGUGUCUGCUUAAUGUAGCUCUUUCUCUGGAAAAUGUUAUGUGCAUAAUGAUGUCAUUUCACCAGACUGCACACGUGUCUGCUUAAUGUAGCUCUUUCUCUGGAAAAUGUUAUGUGCAUAAUGAUGUCAUUUCACCAGACUGCACACGUGUCUGCUUAAUGUAGCUCUUUCUCUGGGACAUGUUAUGUGCAUAUUGAUGUCAUUUCACCAGACUGCCCACGUAUCUGCUUAAUGUAGCUCUUUCUCUGGGACAUGUUAUGUGCAUAUUGAUGUCAUUUCACCAGACUGCACACGUAUCUGCUUAAUGUAGCUCUUUCUCUGGGACAUGUUAUGUGCAUAUUGAUGUCAUUUCACCAGACUGCCCACGUAUCUGCUUAAUGUAGCUCUUUCUCUGGGGGAUUUGGGAUGUUUUACUUGUGCUUCCUGUGACUGUGUUUAUAUGUGUAUAUUUAUAUUGUAUUAUACAGGGCACAUUGGAAAGAGAGACCUAGGGUCUCAAUAUGUCUUCCCAGGUCAAAUAAAGGUAAAAACAUCACUAAUAAUAAUGACCUGGUUUUAAAAAGUAGAGGAUGGACAUAAGGGAAGGCUGUUGUCUGUAUUAACCAGUGGUCUACUAUAAUGCAGGGUAUAAUGUAAAGUAAAAAUAAAAUAAUGACAAGAUAAGCACAUUUUUAUUUAGGUUUUUAUUCACCGUGCAGACAAUGGGUUCCAUCAGCUUGUUGCUAUGCACUGGGUUCCAUCAGCUUGUUGCUAUGCACAUCCAUCCAUGUCAAUUAUAUGGCAUGCACAGGUUCAUGAGGUCAUCCACCAUCAAUUGACUGUUGGCACGGGAACAACAGAUAGUCCUUACUGCUGUUAGUCCAUACAAACACAUUGAAUAACAGAUAGUCCAUACAAACACAUUGAAUAACAUAUAGUCCUUACUGCUG